AUGGUGAGUUGGGAACUUGUAGAGGAAGCCUUAAUUGGUUAUGGGUUUCCAAUUGGAUUUGUGAAGCUGGUUAUGAUAUGUGUAACGUCUCCAAAGUAUUAUGUUAUGGUGAAUGGAAUAGGCUAUGGUUACUUUGAAGGGAAGAGAGGGCUACGACAAGGGGAUCCUAUGUCUCCUCUAUUAUUUGUAUUGGUCAUGGAAUACUUAUCUAGAGUCUUGAAGGUUAUGAGUGCUUCACCUUAUUUCAAAUUUCACCCAAUGUGUAAGAAUCUUAAACUUACACAUUUGGUGUUUGCUGAUGAUUUACUGAUCUUUUGUAGUGGUAAGGAACAAUUUGUAAGGAGAGUGAUGGAAGCAUUAGACCAUUUCACAAGAGUCACUGGAAUGAUAGCAAACAUGGACAAAUCUAACAUGUUCAUUGCUGGAACUAAUGAGCAGACUAAGGCCCUCCUCUUAAGCAUUACAGGAUUCACUGUGGGUACAUUUCCUAUUAGAUAUUUGGGACCAGAGGCGUAUCUAGAGGGGGUGCCGAUGUCUGAUUCUAAUUCGGCAACAUCAGGCACAGGUGCACCAGAAGAACCAGUGCCGCUGGUUGGAUCAAUUUCUUUAAUUGGAAGAAGGAGUUCAAUGGAAGAUGAGAUAUCUGUUUGGCCAAAUCUUUGCUCCCCUUAUAUCAAUAAACAUCGCCCCAUUGAUUUCUUUGCUGUUUACGAUGGACAUGGUGGACCUCAUGUUGCUGGAUUGUGUAGAAGUAGAAUGUACCUUAUACUACUAGAAGAGUUGAUGAUGACAAGGACCAUCAUAAGUGGUAGCACCAGCAACAAUGAUAACAUCUCCCGUCAGAGACGAAAACAAUUGGAAUGGGAGAGGGUUAAGGAGGUGUGGAAAAGGGUGUUGAAGAGCUGCUUUGAGAGGAUUGAUGAGAUGGCUUUUGUUACGUGCUAUGAGUGUGGCAUAGGUGUUCCUUGUGGAUGCCCACCACAGAACUAUGGACUAGGAGGCUCCACUGCCGUGCUCGCAAUUUUAACAGACAAAACUAUUAUUGUGGCAAAUUGCGGAGAUUCACGUGCCGUUCUUUGCCGUGGUAGGAGAGCCAUCCCUCUAUCUAUUGAUCACAAGCCAGACAGACCAGAGGAACGUGCUAGAAUAGAGGCAUGUGGAGGCCAUGUUGAUUUUGACGAUUGUGCACGAGUUCUAGGAAUACUGGCUACGUCUCGUGCAAUAGGAGACAAGUAUCUAAAGAAAUAUAUCAUAUCUGAGCCAGAGUUUACCUUCACAAAAAGGGAAGCAGAAGAUGAGUGUUUAAUUCUUGCCAGUGAUGGUUUGUGGAACGUUAUAUCAAAUGAAGAGGCGUGUCAGGUGGCGAGAGAAUGUCUUCAAAAAGAAAAGCCAUCUGGGAGAGGAGACGUAUUUUCUUCCCCAAGUAGAGCAGCAGCAGCGUUGCUUACUCGGCUAGCUAUGGGACGGGGUAGCGAAGAUAACAUAAGUGUUAUUGUUGUUGAUUUAAAGAUAGACUAUAUUGAAGUUUAG